AUGUCCCCUAAGGAUGUACCUACACCGUACACACUCGCAGAUGUGAAAGAGAUUGCUAAGAUCAAACUCCCGGAUGAUGUUUGGGAAUAUCUGGAAACUGGAGCAGACGACAAUUGGACCGUCUCUAGAAACGAAGACAUAUACAAAAGAUUGCUGCUGCGACCAAGGAUGCUCAGAAACGUUUCUGCCAUAGACACGACAACGUCCAUCUUCGGAAAACGUUACAACAUCCCAAUAGCGCUUGCACCUAGCGCAUAUUAUCGAUUUGCCAGCAAUGGAGGGGAACUGGAUUCGUCCGCCGCCAGUUUCGACAUGGGUAAGAAUUUCACUCUUUCCUCAAAUGCGACGACAUCUCUGGAGGAUGUCAUGCAAUCCUUGCCGCCUCGUGAUGACAGCUACCCCAAACCCUGGUUCCAGCUUUACUCUCUGGGGUCUCGUGCCACUACAGCAGCCCUCGUUCAACGGGCAGAAAAGACAGGCUUUGAAGCUUUGGUUUUAACAAUCGAUACGCCAGUGCUUGGUAAUAGACUGCACGAGAGACGCCAUUCCCUUGAGCUGCCCAAACAUCUUACCAUACUUUUGCUCAAUGCAAGAACGGCAGCUGAAGCAAGACGUGCACAAGAAGAAAAAUUCGACUUUCUCGUCGAUGCCAGCCUACAGUGGUCCGAAUUCGUUCCGUGGCUACGAUCUCAGACCAAGAUGAAGCUGGUUGUGAAAGGCGUCAUGACCGGCGAAGACGCUGAGUUAGCAAUGCAGGCUGGAGCUGAUGCGAUCAUUGUGAGUAAUCACGGCGGUCGGCAACUUGAUGGAGUCCCCUCCACCUUGGAAGUUCUCGGCGAGGUUGUCAACGCGGUUCGAGGAAGAAUCCCCAUUAUGUUGGACGGAGGUAUUCGCAGGGGGGGCGACGUCUUCAAAGCCUUGGUCCUCGGCGCAGAUCUAGUCUUUGUUGGAGGUCCUGUCUUGUGGGGCUUAGCUUAUGACGGCCGAAAGGGCGUCAAGACUAUACUGGAUAUCUUGGAAAGAGAACUCACAACGACCAUGACAUUGGCUGGGGCAAGUAGCAUCAAGAAAAUUGUUCGUAGUAUGCUUGGUGUCUCUGCAUAUGAUGAUAUUAGCGUUGCGAAGCUUUAA